AAUGAUCGGAAAACAGCCGUGUCCAACCUUCUAUCCUGAUUCCUGAUGCUAAAAUCAGAAUUAGAGAACCGCUAACCUAGAAACUGCCUAGCGGCCCGAUCGCCACAAAACCGUCGGCGCAUGAACUCGACCCCGGCUUUGUCGCAGAAAACGCCUCCCGAAACUCUUUUCCCCUGGCCUCUCUCCACAACCACUAAGCCGGUGCGCAACGACACAGUCACGGCGGCUUCUUCUCCCCCCAGCAGAGGCCAGUCGCACCCUCGUCCGAAUCUUGCGCUCGUCCCCCCUUGAAGGCGCAUAGACGACCAAAGACGAGAGAUGUCAAACGUCCAGACGUCGCCCUGGUUUCGGGGCUUUCGGGCCCCCUGCUACGAGUCUGUCCGUGGCAUCUGAUUCGGCUCUCGGCUGGUCGCGCGAAAAGAGCAGGGAGUUGAGACGCCCAGGUCAAAGUUUUAGCGCCAGGAAACACGACAAGGAAAGAAGUCGAGGCAGAAUGAAGACGAGAAAUAGGAAAGAUGGGGCUUUUUCAUGCCUUUGUCAAUCGAGUAUAAGAAGAAGCGCAAGUCCGGGCCCAGGAUGUUUGGCUUCUUCUUUCUCUCCAUCACCAUCACGACUUCCCAGUCACCAACACCUCAACUUCCUUCACUCCUUCAGGCCAGGUGCCUCUUUUUCCCAACCUUCCUUUCUUUCAGAGUUCAAUUUCGACCUGGUGUCGCUUGCUUCGUCUUUUUAAUCUUUUUUUCAAAAACACGAAAACAACUACAACUCUCUCGCUCUCUUUUGGAACUUUUCACCAACAUCUUUUUGUAUACACACAACAAACACAAUACCGCAAAAAUGGUUCGCUUGUCAGUUGCCUCAGCUCUUACUUUCGCCCUUUCUGUCUACGCCCUUGGUGACCCUGCUGGUGCCAAGAACGUCGGAAAUGGCGCCGGUGGUCAGUUCAUUGGCGGCCAGUGCUUGUCUAGCAAGGACUGCGCUUCGACUUGCUGCGCUUUCAUAAGCGGUGGUGGUGUUUGCUCUGGUCUUGGUGCUCAGUUCCAGGCUGGGAAAUCAGGUUGUGGUUUUGGUGACGGUGGUGCUCCUCCUCAGCCCAGUGCUGCUGCCGGCAGCUCCAACUCCGGCUCCAGCUCCGGCUCUACAUCCAACACUGGCACUUCUGCCAACGUUCCCGCUGGCUUCAACACCGCUGUCGGUGACCCAGCUGGUGCCAAGAACCUCGGCAACGGCCAGGGCCAACAGUUCAUUACUGGUGCCUGUCUCAGCGAUGCUGACUGUGCCUCUGGCUGCUGUGCCGGUCAAAACGGUGGUGCUACAUGCUCUGGUGUCGGCGCCCAGUUCCAGAACGGCAAGACUGGCUGUGGCUUCAAUGCCAACGGCGGCUCUUCUUCUGCCCCUGCUCCUGCUCCUGCGCCCAGCUCCAACAGCGGCUCCAGCUCCGGCUCUACUAACAGCGCUGUUGCUGCUCCCGCUGGCUUCAACACCGCAGUUGGCGAUCCCGCCGGUGCCAAGAACCUCGGCAACGGCAAGGGCCAGCAGUUCAUUACCGGUGCCUGCCUCAGCGAUGCCGACUGUGCUUCUGGCUGCUGCGCCGGUCAAAACGGCGGUGCCACUUGCUCCGGUGUUGGUGCCCAAUUCCAGAACGGCAAGACUGGUUGCGGCUUCUCUGCUUCUACCAAGCGAAGCUUCGAAUUCUCUCGCAUUGCCCGACGAUUCAAGGCCUAAAUGGAUGAUGUAGAAAAAAACCGGUGGUUCAGUACUGGAGACUGAGGUGUAGAGACAAGGAUGACUUUGAUUCCGGGUCUCACUUAAUUCGGUGGUCGUUAUCUAGGUACCUAAUUCAUACUCUACAUGGCUAGACUUUAAUAGAUAUCAAUCAUCACUUCC